GUGAAGCAUGAGAAAAUAAUAACAAACAGCCGAGUUCACUGAAGUUCACCGGUUUGGAAAAAGUACAAAAUGACUGGAAAUUUAGUGGAAAUUAAGAACUCUUUGAGAAAAUUUGACUUUCCAUACUGCGCUAGGGAAGCUUUAGAAAAUGCAGAGUCUCUUCUAAUGCCAUACUUGGCAGCAAAUCCUAACGAUGAUGUACCGCAAUUUGCCAGGGAUUUCGUGCGUGAAAUUGCAUCCGAAUUUGUUUUCUGCGACAUUGAUCCUCUGUAUCCCAGUCCAGGGAUUAAGAGACGGUUGGGCUUAAAGUCAUCCUCAGAGCUCAGUCUCCUGGAAGUGCUUUGUGACCAUUUUUCAAAGACAAGCCAGAGCAACAUUUGCGCAGGAAGAAACCAACUUUUCCUUGUUCUCUUCCAUCCAAUAACAGAAUACCGCAUGAAAAUUCUAUCAAAGCUUGUCUCUCUUGCCAUUUCAACAAGAAAAAUUCAUGUUCUUCUUACUGUGGGCUACUGGAUGCAUUGGACUCUUCCGAUCAGCCCCCAAGCGUGCUUGCAUUUGGCAGAGAGCUUGGUCAACGAUUUCUUUAUUUUAACUCCGAAUGCAGCAAUCAAAUUGCAAGAGCUGCCUCAGGUGUCUCCACUCUUUACGGCCAGUUUGCUCACUUCGCUGGUCCAAAUGUAUGGCUCAAAACCAGGAAAAUUGUACAGAGCACCUCCACAAGCGCUGCUCAGCAUGGUCACAAAGUGGAUCAUGGAAAAUAUUCACUUGUCGUUGGCUCCCCUUCAGCAACCCAAAGUUGGUCCAACAGGAAUCAAUGAAUAUCCGAUUACACCUAUAGUUGGCCUUUUCAGAUGGACGAUUUUUUCUUCGUUCCAUGACUGCCGUGUUGAGCAAUCAGAUAAUCCCACAGACCUUGGCAACGAUCAGUCGCAUGUGUUGACUGAAUUGGAAAAAUGCUAUUCAACUCUGCAUCUCUCGUUGAUGCAGGGUCUAUUGACUUGUGCACAUUCUACGAGCCAGCCAAUUCAUGGUCGAGGCGUACGAGUAGAGGAACUGGUUCAGCUUGUAGACGACCUUAUUUCGGAACUAUAUUCUCCCCAAGCAACCGACGCAGGGAGAAACUUGGCUCUGGAUAGAUUUGGACAGGCCAUCCAGUGCAUUAUUAGCACAGGAUGCAUAUCAGGCAACAAACACAACUUCCUUGCAAAAUUAUCAGCAUUACCAGAAACUCGUCUUCUUCGAAUUUUGAGGACGCACUACCGAAUCCCUUGAAGUCUUAUUUAAUUAAUCAGAAAUAAAAUAAAUUUGUACUUUUCGUUGUCAGAAAAUAAAUUUCAUUUAUUUCA